UGAGAGAACGCCAGAGGAAAUUCGACCGAUGGCGUCACUGACUGAUUUUAAUCUUUAAUCUUGGUCAGGGUCACAGUGAGUCCAGUUUCACCAGCUGGUGAAUAGCCAAGGCAGGAAUACCCUGGACAAAGUGCCAAUCCAUUGCAGUGCUCCUGUCAAGACAGGUAUACAUACCUGUGUAGACGCCCGGCCUGCUGAUAGCACUGCUGAGUUGUUCUUAGUCGUUAUAAGUGGUCUAAGGACCCACCUCGACCUUGAACAGGAUGAUGAAUGAAUGAAUGAAUGUUCCAGUACCAGAUGAAACUAUAACUAGUUGUACUGUGGGUUUGUGUAGUGACGUGUUUGAACGGAGAGACCUGAUUGGCUUAGGGAGCUGUCAAUCAUCAACCAGUGGGUGGGUCGCGUUCGGAAAAAUGGCUACCCUGUCUGUUAGCGAGCCUCAGGAGAUGGAAGUGGACCGGAGGGGAGAGUCUGAGGAAUCUGGUGAUGAUGAGGCCAAGAGGAAGAGCAUCAACGGAGAGGUGGAGGAUCAGGAGAAGGCCAACACAGCUCCAGAGGAGUUACCAGUCGACAUGGACACCAUCACACUCGACCCUAACGAAGAGGACGUGGAUCUGGUUCACUGUCGGAUCGGGAGGAUCGGGGGACUUGAAGUCCUGAAGAAAGCCAAGACUCUCUCACUGAGACAGAACCUGAUCAAGAAGCUGGAGAACCUGGAGAACCUGGUGUCGCUGAGGGAGCUGGACCUGUACGACAACCAGAUCCGCAAACUGGAGAACCUGCAGGCGCUGACCGAGCUCGAGACGCUGGACGUGUCCUUUAACCUCCUGAGGAAAAUCGAGGGUCUGGAGCGGCUGACCAAGCUGAAGAAGCUCUUCCUGCUACACAAUAAAAUACCAAACAUCUGCAACCUCGAGCACCUGAGCGGUCUUCAUAUGCUGGAGCUCGGGUCCAAUCGUAUCAGGAACAUCGAGAACCUGGACGCUCUCAGCGCUCUGGACAGUUUGUUCCUGGGUACCAAUAAGAUCACUCGACUACAGAACCUGGACGGGCUGCACAGUCUGACCGUCCUCAGUAUUCAGAGCAAUCGCAUCACCAAACUGGAGGGGCUGCAGAACAUGGUGAACCUGAAGGAGCUCUACCUGAGUCACAACGGCAUUGAGGUCAUCGAGGGCCUGGAGAACAACAAAAAGCUGACCACUCUAGACAUCGCGGCCAACAGAAUAAAGAAGAUCGAGAACAUCGGUCACCUCACGGAGCUGCAGGAGUUUUGGAUGAACGAUAAUCAGAUCGAGAACUGGGCCGACCUGGACCAGCUGAAGAACGCUAAAGCUCUAGAGACCGUCUAUUUGGAACGGAACCCGCUGCAGAAAGACCCCCAGUACAGACGCAAGAUCAUGCUGGCACUGCCCAGCGUCCGGCAGAUCGAUGCCACCUUCAUCCGCUUCUGACCUGCAUAAACACACACACACACACACACACACACACACACACACGCAGCUUUCCCCUUGUCAUUUAACACACGCUCUGAGAGGAGCUGGUUCAGAACUCAUGUGCCCUUUACACGCCCGCGUGCUUCUGUAUGAAGGUUUGCUUCAGAUUGUUAAAUAAUAACAGCAGCUCGUUAUCAGAUCAGAAACGUUCAGAGAGACUCUUAUUAUUAUUAUUAUUAUUAUUAUCAUUAUUUUCUGUCCUGUUGUCUGUAGAUUGUGAUUGAUUCAUUAGGUUUUAUUAUAAUUAUUUUGAUGCCAAUUAAGACUGACUAUCACUGACCGGUCAAAACCAGAGCCGGUUGGUACGAGCGUCAGCAGGGAAACUGGCAAUAAUUAAACUAAAAUACUAUUUUAAAAAAAAUAGUACGGUAGGAAAAGCGUUCUCGUUACUUCACUUUUGCAGAAAUGUUGUAUCUAAGCAGUAGGACGUUUUUAUGAGAGGACGAGCUCCAUCACAAGCUCAAAGGUCCUACAGCUUCCAUACAACAGUUCAGUUCGGGUCACACCAGACCAGAGCGGUGUGGUCUGGUUUCCUUCCAGUACUCUACUUUCCUCCCACCUUACAAUCCAUGCCAGUAGGUGUAUUAAAUGCUAUAAAUUA